UCCUAGUCCUGAUUUUAUUCCAUAUGUACCCAUGAAUGAAGGUACAAGUUCAGUGACACAAGCUGAAGAGAAAGAGAAGUUACUAAGUCAACACUAUGACCCAAAUAUGCUUGCUCGGUGGAAGAAGCGAACGUUUUAUCAUUCUCACACAUUCCAGGCUAUGGAUCUUGAAGAAGUGGUAAAGGAUGAAGACAGUGAGGAUGAAAUUAAUGAGGGCGCUCGAGUGAUUGAAGAUAGAAGAAAACUUGAGCUUCUUGGUCUUUCUGAGGAUCAGAAACGGUUCGUAACUAUGUGGACCUCAUUUGUUAAGAAACAUCGUGUGCUGGUAGAUGGCCAUAUGAAUUGGGCAUACGAAGUUUUCACAAAAUAUCAUUGUGCUGAGCUUGUCGAUUCCACCCCAUUAGCCUGGGCUUGGAGAUUGUUUAUGAUAAAACUAUAUGAUAUGGGUCUUCUAAAGCCAAAGACUGUGGCUGCAUGCGCUGCCAUUCUUCAACAAUACAGGGAACAGAAAUAAGAUCCAAAAGCUAAGGCCUUUCCUAACCCUUUUUCAAAAUAAAAGAAACAAAUGAGAAAGAAAAAAACUUCUCUUUGUUGUACUUUACUACUUUCCAACUUUUAAUUGCUAUCUUUGUUGUACUAUUACUACCUUCCAACUUUCAAUUGCUCCUUUGUUGUGUGGAGCUGAAGCAAGCUAUCAGUUUCAUGUAUUUUCUAUUUA